AUGAAGCAAAAAAAGAUGCCACUACAUCAAUCUGUUCACCAAGAUGGUGAACCCAAGCCCACGUCAGCAGCACCUCACGAUUCCCCUUCGGACGAGCCCCUAUUCGUGGACCCCACCCCCCGAACCCCCUCCAUCAUCCCAACCACCUCCGACAUCGUCGGCCGCUGGCCCGCCGCCCUUACCACGCACCCCAACGCAAUCCGCAAAACUUCCACCAAUUCCUCCUCUAUAUUGUCCGCACACCUCAGGAACUCCACAUCAAAGACCUCGGCCGUCCACUCCUCCCGCACCACCGAAUGGACCCACCGCACCAGGUGGACCAUCUCGUCACCGUUGACCGUGUGGACCGCGGUCUUCCCAGUCAGCAGCUCCAGCAGGACAACUCCAAAUCCGUACACGUCAGAUGCCUGCUGGGACUUGCGCGUGUCCGUAACCUCCGGGGCCCGAUACCCUGCAGCUCGGGCCACCGGAGGGGAUAACGGGCUCAUCACUGUCGAGAGGCCCAAAUCAGACACGCAGCCAGAUUUACGGGAAUUUAGGAAAACGUUGGAUGAUUUAAUGUUGCCGUGGACUAGCUUCCCGCCAUUUUCCAUGUGGACACGAGCUAUGCCCCGUGCAGCGCCUUUCGCUAUGUUUAGUCGGGUCUCCCAGUCGAGUGGGGCCCGAUUGACUCCUCUUUUGCCUGAAAAAGAUGGAAUUUAUUUUUGUUAA